AGAUGUCUCAGUCCGCAGCAGAACUCAGAGACGCCUCCAGGACUCACAGAGGAGCCAGCAUGGUGGAGUUCGCGCCUUUGUUUGUGCCACUGGAGCGCAGAUUGCAGACCUUCGCGGUCCUGCAAUGGAUCUUCUCCAUCUUGGUCUUGCCCCUUCUCUGCCCUGUGGUCUUCAUAGGCCUCCUGUUCACAAGAUUCUGGUUCUUCAGUAUCCUGUAUGCCAUCUGGUUAUACUUGGACCAAAAUAAGCCAUGGCAGGGGGGCAGACACAGUGAGAUCCUAAGGCACUGGGUCAUAUGGAAGUACAUGAAGGACUAUUUCCCCAUCUCGCUAGUCAAGACUGCUGAGUUGGACCCCUCCCGGAACUACCUCGCUGGCUUCCACCCUCAUGGAGUCCUGUCGAUCGGAGUUUUUACCAACCUGUGCUCAGGGAGCACGGGCUUCUUCUCAGUUUUCCCUGGCAUCCAGCCACAUGUGACAACGAUAAACAUAUUUUUCUGGAUCCCAUUCUUCAGGGAUUACAUCAUGCAAGGGGGGAUGGUCCCAGCAGACAAAGAGAGUGUUGCUCACAUUCUGAGCAGGAAAGGAAGCGGCAACCUAGUGGUCAUCACUGUUGGGGGCAUCAAGGAGGCACUGAAGACCAGGCCUGGAGCCAACAAGCUGGUGCUGCGGAACCGCAAGGGCUUCGUCAGGCUCGCCCUGAUGCACGGAGCAGAUCUAGUGCCGAUCUUCUCCUUUGGGGACAAUGACUUAUUUGUCCACCCUAAGAAAUCUCUUGGCUUUUGGUGGAAAUGGCUCAUUGAUCAACUGUACAAGAAGAUAGGUGUUGCCCUCCCGCUUUUCUAUGGCCGUGGAGUCUUCCAGUACAGUUUUGGUUUUAUGCCCUACCGCCGACCCAUCACCACCGUGGUGGGGAAGCCCAUCGAGGUGCAGAAGACACCACAUCCCUCCCAGGAGGAGGUGGACAGGCUGCACCAGCGCUACAUGAACGAGCUGGAAAACCUCUUCGAAGCCCACAAGCUCGAGUACAACGUCCCAAAAGACCAACACUUGGAGUUCUACUGAGUACUUUCCCAGAGGAGGGGCUGCCCCAAAGGGCAGGGCUGGCAUUAGGGAGAGAGGUGCUGUGACCCCAGAAGGUUUCCUGGAGGUGUCUGUUGAACACAUCUCCAGAGCCUUCACUGACUCCUGCAGCUCCACCCCAUGCCAGGCUCCAGGUCACACUUGGCUCCAUGGCAGAGGAAGCCAGACUCUGGCAUCAGGGAUUUGCUCUCCUGCACUGACUCCUCUGUAAUGGGCCCUCUCCUUGGUUCUGCCCACCUGAGAAGUGGGAGAGAUACUAGGAGAGGCUGAUGUCUGUGUCUCUGUCCUCUGUGGUCCUGUCACUCAAUGAGCAGGACAAAGAGCAGCUCCAGUUAGCAGGUUUCCCUUCCUCUGCCUUGAGUGACAGCAUAGAAGCAGCCCCCAGCUGCAGCCCUUUCUCCUACAAGCUCCGUCAUCCUGCGUCCUGCCUGUCCCACCUCCUGCCUCCCUGAGCUGGAGAGGAGGGUGAGGUCACAACCUCCUGGCUGAUCCUGGCACCUCUGAGUUUCUGAGUCUUCUGAGCCCCAUAUGGCAGCCAGAGGGGCCUGGAGGUGGGGAAGACCUGAGCCCUGUCACUGGCUAAAUGACUGUACACCAACCUCUUCAACCUCCCUCUGAGUCUCAGUUUUCCCAAGAACUAAAAUGACUUCUGACCUCGGCUCUAAUCACACAUGGGCUGAAACCUGCUUAUGGUAACUCCUACUCUAGCCUUUGUAAUUCAGCCCUGACCUCGGGCUCCGUGUAUGUCAAUUCACCACAUGAAAGACUCGAUUUUACUUUUUUCUCAUCCUCCCUACCUAACUGAAAACACUGGUCAAAGACUCCCAUUUAAUCCCAGCCUGCCCUGCCCUGUGUCCUCUUCCCAGACAGUGGCUCAGAUAGACCAGAGAAAGUCAUGUUACCUCUUCCUCUCUGAUCAGUCAGCUCCAAAUUACCACCUCUGGCCUGUUCUGUGGGAGAGAAGGGGGAGGCUAUGUACAGACACAGGGCAGACCAGGCAAAGGAUGAAGGCCCUCAGGGAUUGGCAGAACUGGAGUCUCCUCUUAAAAUUAGGCUGCCCUUUGAUAUGGAAGAAGUUCUCAGACAAGACAUCAUCACCCACAGUGGGCAAAGGAUCUGCUGGAGCCCAGCCUGGUGAUACUGCUUGAUGGUGACAACAAAUAGGACAGAUGUGAGCCAGCACAGCUCUGCCAGCCACUACAUGGCCUGGCCCAGCCUCACCCUCUCAGGAGGACUGGGCUUCGCUAGAGAUCAGAGGAGGCAGAAGCGGAGCACAUGAACUGCUGAGGGAGCAAAGGCAGAGAGGAGGGAGAGGGCAGAGCACAUAUGGGUGAGACUUCCUGAUGAGGACCAAGAUCAAAGUGAGGUUUAAGAAACAGGAGGCUGAGGUUUAGGCCUUUAUGCAGCAAACUUCUAUGGAGUUGGGAGUGGGCAGGGUAGACAUGGUCCCUGAGGAUGUCUGGCCUGCUGUCUGGGAAAUUACUGUCCAGUCCAGGGGUCAGGAAUUCACUCCCUCCAGUAGGGAGGAGCCCUGGGAGGUGCUUGAGCUGAAUCGGGUCAUGGGCCAGAUGGAGGGGCAAUGGAUCCCUCGGACUGGGCUGAGCAUCUGUCUUAGUGACCCCACAGCAGGGCAGAAUCAGCUCCCUGAGCCACUUUCUAAGAACCCACUACGUCCUGGGCUCUGGGUGGAUGCUUCAUGUGGAGUACUCGACGUAACUGACAUGACUUCUUCAUAAUUAAACGAGGUUCAUGUGAGAGAUGUUAAAGGAUUACAGUCAUCCUGGUCCCAGGCAGCUGUCACAUGCUGCUCUCAUCCUGCCUGGUUCUGGACUGAAAUUAGAAAGGGCAAGUGCCUGGGAACCAGUCAGGCACACAGUCCCCACCCCCAACACCCCUCUGCUGGCAUUAGGACCCCAUACAGGUCACAUUCCCUCACUGAGUCCAGUGCCUUCACCUUUAAAUGGUUCAUCCAUAAAUGACUGUUGAAUAAAUAACAGCUCUUCUUCACCCCUUCCA